AUGUCCGCCUCGCCAUUCGAUGACUUUUCCAAAGGUCUAAGCCGAGCUUUCGAGUUCAUCGUCGACCCGUUCCACCUGAAGAAAAAGGCUGAGAAAGAUGCCACCGCGCCAUUUGACCAGCCUUACCUCGAGCCAACACGCUGGUUCCUGACUGAAGAAGAAAUGCUAAGAUCUCGCAACGGAUCCAAGCGCGAAGGCAUGUACCUUUACUCCACGGGUAACCGCAUUAAACUCUAUGUUGCCUCUGCAGGUUACUUCAGUGACGUUGCCGACGACAUGUCCACCGUGCGUAGCGGAGAUCUCGUGUACCUCACCGGAUGGGGAACCUGUAACGUACCGUUUAAGCCGCACGAGCCCGAUUCCAAGCUAUGUGAUCUGGCUGAGGGUGCUGUGAAACGCGGCGCUGACUGGCGCAUGCUUGUGUGGUCAAACCUCACCGAACGUGCACAGAACCACGAGGUACGCGACCUCAUCAAUGCUCUGCCACCGCCGGAAAAGUACGGUCCGGCCCGAUUCGUGUACGAUGAUCGGUUACCGUUCCCUACCUCAUCGCACCACCAGAAGUCGGUGAUCGUGCGCAAGGGCCGUGAUCUCGUCGCCUACGUGGGCGGUGUGGACCUCACCAAUGAUCGCUGGGAUACUAUCGAGCACGACCAGGCGGAGCUGCGUGAGCGUACGGGCAUCAAAUGUCAGUGGGAUGGCUGGUUGGACGCCCACGCUCGCGUUGAGGGUCCUGCUACUAAGGACGUGGCUCAGAACUUCCUGGAUCGCUGGAAUGCUGAGCCCAAGCCAACGAAAGAUCUCGGAGCCGACCUAUUAGACUUUGAAAACCCGGACUACUCCAACCUUCCACCGGUUGACGAGACACCUCUGGACAUUCCCCAGGACGGUACCCAUGCAGUGCAGCUAUGCCGUACCUUCAGUCCGGACUACGACCAGUAUGGCUUCGCCCCACAGGGCGAGCAAUCCAUCUUCCACGCCCGCAUCAAGGCCAUUCGCAACGCGCAGAACUACAUCUUCAUUCAGGACCAGUACUUCAUCCUAGUGCCGGAAUUGCUGGACGUUGUCAUGGAGAUGAUGCCCAGCAUUGAGCGCCUUAUUGUCAUUAUGCAGCGCACCGUCGAGGCUGAAUACACAGGCUACGCUAAGUAUCUCUAUGACAUGGUCGCUCCGAUCCAAGAGAAGUACCCGGACAAGUUCAAGCUCUACACGACGAAAGAGUCGAAGCAGCUAUACAUCCACAGCAAGCUAGUGAUCGUCGACGACGUGUACGUGUCGCUAGGCUCAGCCAACUGGAACCGCCGCAGUAUGACGAGCGACUCGGAGAUCGGCAUCAACAUUGUCGACACGGAGCUAGUGCAGUCACCUGACAACAUCAUGGUUAACAAGCUGGCGCGCAACUUCCGCAUCCAGAAGUUCAUGGAGGCGACAAAGCUGACGUACAACGAACUGGAUGCGAUGACCUUCUUCGAGGCGUGUGACGCGUUGGAUGCCGCUGCGCACGACGACGGCGCCAGCAUCAUCGAGCCGUACAGUGUUGAGUUCAAGCCGCAAUUCAACCUUGUGUCGGAUGGUUGGCGCCAGGUCAUCGACCCGGAUGUGGUCCCGGAAGAUGACCCGGCCAAGAAAAUCAAGAACUUUUUUAACGAACGCAAGAACGCUCGGCAGUAG